GCAAACCAGCCUGCAUAUAUUUGUGCUGACCUAGCUCAAGACCAAACACAACCCUCAAGCAGAUCUUUCGCCUUUGCGCCAAUUUCUGUCGCUUCACUUCCGUAGUCGUCCUUCCUAGCCAGAAAGCAGCAGCAGGAGCCAUGCUGCCACGGCCAACGAGUCACUCCAAGGCGCUAGGCCCGGGCGUGGCCGGCCCGGAGCUCGCGGUGGCCACCUCCGCGGUGCUGGACCGGCCCCCGCAGCCUGGCGCACACCUGCCGCUCAGCGGCGCCGCGCCCUGCGCCGUGGACCCCAGCUCGCUGAACGACCCCCGCCAGCACACCAAGUACCCCUACGUGACGGGCACGUCCGUGCUUGCCGUCAAGUACAAGGACGGCGUGCUGCUGGGCUGCGACACACUGGGCGCCUACGGCAGCACCAAGCGCUACAAGAGCACGCAGCGCCUGUACCGCGUGAACGACAAGUGCGUGGUGGCGGCGGGCGGCGAGAUCAGCGACUUCCAGCACAUCUCCAACCUGCUGGACGAGCUGACCACCGACGACUACCGCAUUGACGACGGGAUACAGCUGACGCCGCAGCAGGUGUACAGCUACCUGUGCCGCGUCAUGUACAACCGGCGAAACAAGAUGGACCCGCUGUGGAACUCGCUGGUGGUGGGCGGCGUGCAGCCGGACGGCAGCCAGUUCCUGGGCAUGGUGGGCAUGAUCGGCACGCACUACACCGACAGCCACGUCACCACCGGCUUCGCCAACCAGCUGGCGCGGCCGCUGUUCCGCGAGCGGCAGCGGGAUGACAUGAGCGAGGAGGAGGCGCUCAACCUGCUGUACGACGCCAUGCGGGUGUGCUACUACCGCGACAAGGUGUCCAUCAACAAGUUCCAGGUGGCCAAGGUCACCACUGCCGGUGGCGUCAGCAUCUCCGAGCCCUUCGCGCUGGACAUGCGCUGGGACUACAAGAUGUUCUCCAACCCCACCAAGUGGGCCGUGGGCGCCUGGUAAAAGGCCGGCGGCAGAGGCAGCGGAAGCGCUGGCCGCGGCGGCGGCAGCGGAGGUGUAGAUGUGAAGGGCUACGGCGAUGAGUGCGGUGAAGAGGACAAGGAGGACAGGAAUGGCGUUGACAUGAGUUCACGCAGGUAGGGCUGCGCGCGGUAGUGUUGCGUACUGUGGCGGGCAUGUAUAGGGUUGUGGAGGAAGGCGAGUUUCCCGACAGCGCCGGGCUGCGGGCGAGGUGGCUGUCAAGUCUUUUGGCUACGGUUCCGGCUUGGUGGUGCACACCUCAGUGGCAGGGCCGCCUGGAGCAGAUUGCAACAGGUGCAGCAGGUAUAUCAUGGUUACAGCACCGGACGCCCCUGAGUGGACCCCGCAUGGCACCAUGUGUGCACGUGCACGCUUGUAAACUAGACGCAUG